AUGGAGCUGCGCAUGGAGAUUCCACGCAGGGCGGCUGGGCCCCGUUGGGGAAAGGUGUUUGCUGAGUUCCAGCUAUGUUCCCGGUGCACAACAGAAUUUUUAAAGAGUUGCUUUAGAGGAUGUUUCUAUGGUGAAGCAGAAACGCAUGAUUUUUCCGUGGAAAGAGAAUUUAAACCACUAGUCUCAAAUAGUCAAAAUGCUAUCUGUACACCUCCAUUGACUUCUGUUUCUCUAAAGCCUCAGGUUGGCUGUUCUGAGGAUUAUUUACUUUCUAAAUUACCAUCUGAUGGCAAAGAAGUACCAUUUGUAGUGCCCAAGUUUAAGUUAUCUUAUGUACAGCCCAGGACCCAAGGAACUCCUUCACAUCUGGAAGAACUUGAACGAUCAGCCAGAGCGUCUUUUGGAGAUCAAAAGGUAGAACUUUCCUCUGCAUCCCAGCAUGGACCCAGUUAUGAUGUAUACAACCCAUUCUAUAUGUUUCACCAUAUUUCACCUGAUUUGGAUCGGUGGUUUCCUCCUCGUUCAGAAGCAAUGAGACUAUAUGGAUCAGUUUGUGACUUAAGGACCAACAAACUUCCCAGUUCCCUCAGGUUAAGCAAAUCUAUGUUUGAUCUUACAAGUUCAUCUCAGCAAUUUAUUCAGAGACAUGAUUCCUUGUCCAGUGUACCCAGUAGCUCUUCUUCGAGGAAGAAUUCUCAGGGGAGUAACAGAAGUCUGGAUACAAUUACUUUAUCAGGGGAUGAAAGAGAUUUUGGGAGACUGAAUGUGAAAUUGUUUUAUAAUUCUUCAGUAGAGCAGAUCUGGAUCACAGUUUUACAGUGCAAAGAUUUAAAUUGGCCCUCUAGUUAUGGAGACACUCCUACUAUUUCUGUAAAAGGAAUGUUAACUUUACCCAAACCAGUGCAUUUCAAGUCUUCAGCCAGAGAAGGCUCCAAUACUAUUGAAUUUAUGGAAACUUUUGUAUUUGCUAUUAAACUCCAAAGUCUACAAACUGUAAGGGUUGUAUUUAAGAGUCAAACCCAGACUCCCAGGAAGAAAACCACUGGAGAAUGCUCAUUAUCCCUCAGAACUCUUAGCACACAGGAAAUGGAUUACUCUUUGGAUAUAACACCACCUUCAAAAAUUUCUGUUUGCCAUGCAGAGCUUGAAUUGGGGACUUGUUUUCAAGCAGUAAAUAGCAGAAUUCAGUUACAAAUUCUUGAGGCACAGUACCUUCCAAGCUCAUCAACACCUCUAACCUUAAGUUGUUUUGUGAAGGUGGCAAUGUUUAGCUCAGGAGAUUUGAUUUAUAAAAAGAAGACAUGCUUACUGAAGGCCUCCAAUGGAAGAGUAAAAUGGGGAGAGACUACGAUUUUUCCACUUAUACAGAAUGAAAAAGAAAUUAUUUUUCUCCUUAAGUUUUAUAGUCGAAGCUCUGUAAGAAGAAAGCGCUUUGUGGGCCAGAUUUGGAUAAGCGAAGACAGUAAUAACACUGAAGCAGUGAAACAGUGGGAAGAGAUAAUUACAAAUCCAGAAAAAGUUGUUAUUAAGUGGCACAAAUUAUAUCCAUUUUGA